AUGACAUCGACUACUCAUUUGCCGCCUCUCGACUUCGACGAUGGAGGACUCCGUAUCGUCCUGCUCCCCGAGAUUGACACCUUGUCGUCUCCGCUCUCCCCAGAUACCCCCCGCGCCAAAGAGCCCCCUUCGAACACUACCCUAAGCUCUGCGCGGUACUCUGAAAGCGACCGACGGGCGGGAGACUCUGAAUCUGACGAUGACGACCAAGGGGAUGUGGACGACAACGAGUCCGACCAUGGUUCCGAUCCGACGCCACCGCCGCCAAGUAUUCCCGUCCACCCCAUUCCUGCUCUCCAGGAUGCAUUUGCCGAGUCGCUACACGAGGUGAUGAGUGGCAUCGCGGUUGAGAAACCAAAGCUGAGGGCGCUGGACGCUCAGGGCCGUAGAGAAGCUGUGCUUGCGCAAGGCCUAGACGAGCCCGCUUUUGAUGCCGAAUGGAGGCUUCGAUCAGGGCAGACCCAGCACGAAUUGGCCAAGCUCAUUGCUCAGAUUUCUUUUGGCGUGUAUCUGAUGCUCAACGGCAUGGCCAACAACAAUACGCAAGUGGUUACAAUCCUCCAGGGCCACAUUGACGAAGUGGACGAGUUUCUAGAAGUCACAAUCGAAGAUCUUGAGCAAGUAGAGUUGGACCUAAAGGAGCGCAUCGACCACUUGAUGCUUCCCAUGUCCAACGUCACAGCAUUUGAGCAGCUGCUCGAGGACCGCAAGUUUCGGACGGAGAUACUCGAGGGCAAUGAAAAGAUUGAGCACAUUCUGGCCAGAACUAACGUGGCUAUGAAGCAGUGGGAUGACGAUAUCGAAGCCGGGCUGCAGACCAGCAACAUCUUCAUCAACUGGCUGAACGAGCAAUCCGAAGGUGCCUGGCGAGGGGACCAGCCAGAUGUCAUUGACAUCUUUGAUGCCAUGAGCGGCAAUGCGGAGGGGUGGCUUAUUGCAUUUGAGAAAAUCAGCGACAGCACCCAUGAUAUCAACAGCCUCAUUAUCCGCCUGAUGAACAUUAUAUCCGAGAUGGAAAAGAAAGCUGGUGAGGCUAGUCGGCGGACUUGGGCGAGCAUCAAGCCAUUCUCUGCGCCACCGAUGCCCAAUGCUGAGGAUGUCCCACCCUUGAAGCUUGAAAUCAAGACUACGCCGUAUCAUGCGCCCUCGGAAUCCAUUACCCAACAGAGUGUUCGAAGCGGCUCUUCAGACAAGAGACCUGCCAGCUCUAUCAUUGACGAUGAUACCAGCACCAUUGACUUUCCUUUGCCAGGUGGCCUACCUUUGCUUCCACCAUUCCGUUCCACUCGGCAUACUCAAAACACUUUCGGCCUCAACAGCCCGCAGUCGGCUACCACCGCGGCCACUCCUACCAUUGAUAGUCCUCAGUACACUCCGCAAUCUAUCGCGAAUACCUUUGGCGUCACUAGCCCGCAAUCAAUGCACAUUCACCUGCGCCAAGACUCCGUUGCGGAAUCCGAAGAGAGUGAGCCAGAGACGGAGAUGGAAGAACCGGUGUUUCUUCUUCAGCCCCGGACGUAUACGCCGCAGCCUCCCGCGCCCUUGCCGUCGCCCCUGAUCAAAGAUGAACUUGGCCACAGCGCUCGAUCGGAAUCCCAGUCGACCCUGCAAUCACUCCAAUCCGCACCGUAUACUCCGGCAAGCACCCAGUCUAUGACAUGGCGAGACAGCGAUAUUGUGCAGAGAAGGACGUCUCUCCGUGAUCGUGUAUCCCAAAAAAUGAUUCCGCCGGGGGACAUUCAGAUUCCACCAAGAUCUCUGAAAGGCAUGGAGAUGUACGCCCAUUCGCCUGGCACUACCACACCUCAGACAAUGAGAUCUCACCAAUUUGAUUCGGCGUACGAGUCUGAUGCCGAGCGUCAUGGUCGCCAUCCAUCUGGCAGCUCGAGCAAUAUGGAAAUGUCUCCCCCGCAGCUCAAUGUUAUACCAUCACCACGAUCGGACCGACAACGAUAUCACCCCGUUCACGCGUCGCCACAUUCACCACUACAACAGAGACCGCAUACCGCCGUUGGACAUGGUCAAUCUAUGUAUGUUCAAAGCGGGUCGAAUUUGGUACCGCCGCGCCAUCUGCGUAACAAACCGUCCAACACCGGCAUGAGCACUCUGAGUAAGGUAACGUCCAUUAACUACGAUGACGGGACGGCGCAAAGUGUACGAACCACAAAAACCGUGGACAAGGGGCUCAAGAAGAAGAAGAGCGCGUUUGGAUGGCUCAAGAAGGCUUUCAGCAUGGACGAAGAAGAGCGGGCAGCCUAUGAGGCGCGCAAGGCCAUGCAGUUUGAGCAGACCUACUACAACCCUGCUGAUCCACCAAAGUUUUUGGACGGGAGGCGGCUUCGGUGA